UCCCGGCUAGGCGGUUAGGAAGUCGGCACGGAUCGGGAGAGCGUGGGCGGAAGGGAGUCCUGCUGUGUGCCGUAGUGUGCAACUCCCACCCUUCCCUUCCACCCGGUGGCUGGUGGCUCGCCGGGGGCUGCCGAUGCCUUGGAAAGCAACCUCGGAUCUCUUCGUUCUCGGUCUCUUUGCGCACACGGCCCUGGCGGGCUGCAGCUCCUCGGAACGCCGUUUCCCUGGCCUUUGCUCUUAAGGAGGAUGGGGCGUGUUCGUGGCUUCCACCCCUGCCAUCCGGUGUCGCCCUCCAGCCGGGCGUCCAGGACAAUGCUGCUGGUCCGCUGAUAGGCCUCGGAUCCCCGGGAGGGAAAGCCUAGAGUUCCUGCGGUGUGGAGGAGGGGGGCCCCAAGGUCAGGGGUUCCCCCACCCCACUCUCCUGCAAGCUCAUGGGCAUGUGAGCCUCGGCGCCUCGGAUCAUGUCUCUGGAGGGCCUGGGAGUGACCCAGAAUGUGGCAGACCUGGAGGCCCUCCUGAGGGGAGCAGAGGCCAUCCAUGUAAUGGACCAACAGAUCGUGAUCAUUUCCACCCCUGAUCAGCUCCCCACCCCCGAAGGCGAGAACGAUGCCGAACUGCUGCUCUUCGCCACUCCGCAGCCCGCCCGCUUGGAGACAGCCACGUUGAGGCCUGCUCUGGAGCGACCGCCGGUCAAACGGAAGCUGAAUUUGGAGACUGACCACCAAUAUAUUGCAGAGAGUGUUCAGGCAACCCGAGGAAAAGUGAAGAACCCUGUGAAAGGGCUGAAGUCUCCUGGAGAGAAGUCUCGCUAUGAAACUUCUCUGAAUCUGACCACCAAACGCUUCUUGGAGCUGCUGAGCCAAUCGCCUGAUGGUGUUGUGGAUCUCAACUGGGCUGCAGAGGUACUGAAGGUGCAGAAGAGGCGGAUCUAUGAUAUCACCAACGUCCUGGAGGGCAUCCAGCUCAUCACCAAGAAGUCAAAGAACCAUAUCCAGUGGCUGGGCAGCCGGUCUGCUGUGGGGAGUGCCAGCAGGAGCCAGGGUUUGGUGAAAGAGCUCCAGGAUCUUCAGGCUGCAGAACAACAAAUGGACAACCUCAUCCAAAUGUGCACCACCCAGUUCAGGCUCCUCACUGAGGAUCCCGAGAACAAGCACUCAGCUUAUGUGACUUGCCAAGAUCUGCGCAGCAUUGCAGACCCUUCUGAGAAGCUGGUGAUGGUGAUCAAAGCCCCCCAGGAGACACAGAUGCAAGUCUCUGACCCGGCAGAGGCUUUUCAGAUUGCUGUGAAAAGCACUCAGGGCCCCAUUGAUGUGUUCCUUUGCCCAGAAGAGAGCUCCGGGGUCUGCAGCCCCACCAAGAGUCCAUUGAAAGUGGUUGCUGAAGAUACUUCCCCAGAGCCUUCACAAGCAACAGCAUCUGUGCUGCUUCACCCCUCCCAGGAUAUGAAGCUCCCAUUGCUGAGUGGAGACCAAGAGCUCCUGCUGUCCGGGGAGAGUACGCUGCCUAUCAAGUGCUUGACAGAUGACAUGACUCUCUCACCACUGGCCUCGGUUGACGCAUUGCUGGAGCAGGGCAAGGAGGACUUCUCCAGCUUCUUGCCUACUGAGUUCAUUGCUCUUUCACCACCCCAGACCCAGGACUACCAUUUUGGGCUGGAGGACGGCGAAGGCAUCAGUGAGCUGUUUGACUGUGACUUUGGAGACUUCACUUCUUUGGAUUUCUGAGUGUCUUUGGGAUUGGGGGAGGGCGUGCUCAGUUGACUCUGCCCCAUUUUGUGAGGCAUCCCCCCCAGAGCUGACAUCUGAAUGUAAAUGCAAGGCCACCUGAGGCAUCCUUGGCCAGCUUGCUGUGAAGCAGAGUCCAGGGGGUGGAAGAAGAGAAAGCUGGAGUCUAGGAUGGUGACGGAGUGAUAGGUGGGAGUUGGCGGCUGUCUGUAACUAGCCGUCUCACCACGAAGGAGGAAGGUGACUUGGCCAUGUAAAGCUGACAGCUGCUGGGCUGCUGCGAAAGUGGCUGGGCCUCCUGCUGUGACCUCAAGGAGCCAGCAUACACUGCUGAGCCCAGGCUAGUAGUUGUAGAAGUGGUAGUCCUGGCCAGUAGUGUGGGUAGCUGGAGUCUGUGGUGCCAUGUUUUGAUGCUGUUGGAGUAGUCCCAGUGAAGCAUUUGGCCUAGCAACAAUGCCACCUACCUUACUGUUGCCAAACCACUGCUUACCCUGAAUUUUCGCCUCUGUGGCUGUAGGGUCAAUGGAUUAUCUCACCCUCGUUCUUUAGUGUGAGUCAUUUCUCCUCCUUCAUGGAAGCUUUGCUUCUGAGAACACACAGUCCUUUCCUCACUCCCAGCAAAGGGUCCAUGGAUUUCAAGGCAUCAGUGCAUAUUAGGUAUUGCUUUGGGAAGGCAGCAUUCUGCCAAAAUGAGGCAGGAAUGGUACUCUGGAUGACAAAUUGAUUAUAAUUUCAUCAGUUGUGGUUGGCUGGUAUAGAGGCAUUAUUUACUUGGAGUUUGGGGUAGGGGUGGAAAGGGAAAUGACAACAUGUUCUUUGGCUGGCAAGGAGUACAAUUGAGAUUGGGCCUGGUAAUGAUUCAAAAUGGCCGUUCUGAGGGGGGAAAGCCAAGUGUUUGUGGCAGGGAGGAGUGGUUCGGAAAGGAACCUUUUUUGGGAGGGAGAGACCAAGCUCUUCAAGCCUGUUAAAGAAAAUGGGUGAUCAGUUGUGCUAGAAAGAUUUGUAACUUUGGCUUGAAAAGGAAAAAAGAUGAAUAAAAGGUAUCCUAGAAUGGCAGCCAUUGAGGAGCAGGGCAGCUGCUGCUGGGUAUUCGCUCAGAGCAAGAAGCUCUUGUUUCUGGAAGUUCUAUUCAUUCUAAAGCUUUAAGAGUUGUAUAUAGCUUAAUUUAUUUAUUUUAGAUUUUUCACCCUCUCAUUUCCUUCUUGAAAGGCAUCUGAUAUUUUAAAUAAUUAUUUCUGGAUGGAAUGUGUGCAUCUCUUAUGGGGAGGGCAUGCUUAGAAGUAGCUGGCCAAACAGCCAGUGCAUUUUAACUGUCCUGUCUGUGAGUCUGGCAAAGCUGAUGGGGCAGUGCUUGAGGGAUGGAGCUGGCGAUAAAACAGCAAGGAGCAUUUCUUGCAGCAAGAGAGGCAGAGUGCCUUGGUGGUAAGUCUCCAUGAAGGUGAGGGACUCCUUUUCUUCAUUUGUUUUGCUCCAGCUCAUAUUGUACAGUAUGGAGCAAUGAACACCUUGAUUUUUUUGGGACUGCCUUGCCUAUAAAGUAAAGGCAAAAAUGUUGACAUCCAGCUUCAUGCUGUCCCCUGUGCUAAGCACUGAGGGAUGGUCAGAUGUCAUAAAUCCAUAUUAUUUAUUUUUUAUUUAUGUGGCUCCACCCAGUGCUCCUGGAAGGUAAGGAAAGUACCUGUGGAGGAAGACUGCAUGAAGUGGAAUUAGGCAUAUCCAGGUAUGUGGAAUGAGGCCAUAUUGCAUCUUGUUAGAAUAGCUAACCUAGCCAUUGAGAAUGGAGAGCUGAACUUAGCCAGUGUGUUCUAGAUAGCCAGUGUGCUCUAGGUAGUCAGUGUGUUGUAGUUUAGCUGCUAAGUCUGAUGAAAAGAGAUUGCUGGGUGGUCCCUAUGUGAUGAAGUAUGACUGGUGAAGACUGUUGAGUUGAAGUGAUAUUUAUUGAUAGUAAAUAAACAGCAGGUUUGACUAAUGGAGGAAAAAAGGGGGGGUUGAGGACAGAGAGAGAGCCUGGCAAACAAAGCUGUAGAAAGCAUAGCUCUGUUGGCAUGCCCAUUUUGCUGAGGAGCUUUCAUCCUGAGAAACCAAGGAUGAAUGGGGCUUUACCAUAACCUUUACAAAUGUAAAUAUUGCCAGGUGAGAGGACAAAGGGUUGUACCUAGCAGAUGGGCAGUGUGUCGAGAUGCUGUUCCUUAGGUGCCUUCCUGUUUCAGUUAGCUAAAAUUCACCAAAGUGUGCUGCUCCUUAGGAGGAGCUUCUCUUGCUUUACAAAGAACAAAAAAAUAUAAUGCUGUGAGUGUCAAACUGUAGAACCCAACAAGUUGUAGUGGGAAGCGGGGAGGGGGCGGUUUAUGUCUUUAUAGCUGAAAGGUCCAUGGAGCAGCCUGAUCUGUUUGGCUGUUGUUAAGAGAGUGAGCCUGUGUAGGCCUGGCAAAGUAAGAUGGCAGAAUCGGAUGACUGUCACCUGCUGUGGUAUCAAGACUAGGGCAUCAUAGAUAGCAUGAAAAUGUCUUGGCUUCAAGGGAAACUGGGAAUGAGGCCCCUAGCGGGCCCUCUUUUAUUGUUAAUACAACAUUGCUCCUUGAAUCAGCUAGGCAGUGAAAGUGCAUCAGUGCACCUAUAGCAUGUUAUGUUCUCCCUGGGACUGAGACCCCUGUGGCAAAGCCAAAGCAACUGAUGCGCAAGAAUACUCCUCCUGUAGCACAGUCCUCUUGUCAUAGCAUAAGCAGGUGAAUGCCUAUCUCAGUUAUCAGUGUAACAUUCUAAGCUGAGCUGCUGCAACUGAUCUUACUUGAAGCAACUGCUAAGGGCCAUGUACUUUCCCCCUGCAACUUGUAGGCUAGUAGGUGAGACGUACUGUUCCUUUGCAACUUUAUCCUAGUUGGGCCUUGCUUUUCUAUUUCAAUGAACAUGCAGUGGAAGUUCUUGACCACUUACACUUGGGCUAACUUCUCCCAGCUUCUGUGUAUAAGACCUCUUGUCCUGUCUGAUGUUCAUCCCUUGUGAAUAUGGGCCCAUUCCUGGAAAUACGGUCUCACAAUUGUCAGGGAAGCUGAAGCUCAUUCAUCAGGAAUAGAGUUGCAGGUUCAAAAUGUACAUUUCAUAUUUCAUGAUUUUCACUGAAUUAUCCUCUGAGGUUAUAAGUUCUGUGGAGACCAGGGUCUUGGCAAACUUUCAAAUUUUGCUGCUUACCUGGGGAGGAGUGGGGGUUGAGGACCUGGCAGGCCCCAACACAUGGCCAGGGACGUUGCUUUUGGCUUGGUAGGACAAAUUCCAUAGUCCUGCACAAGGGUUUCCUCUAUCCCUUCCUACACACUUAUGGCAUAAGUGUGCUGCUGUUCCCCCUAGAUUGUACAGAGUAGGCAUUAUUUUCUUAGUUUUUCACUUUUGUAUCAAAAAGUUGCCUGUGGCCUUUACCAUCCCUGUCCUACCACAUGCAGGAGUAGGUGGGUCUGAUCUCCCCCACCCACUAAAGUUAUUUGCUUCAUCUCUCUUCCAUCUUACCUAUUUUUAUAUAAGCUUCCUUUGGUGAAAACAUGGGGGAGGGAAGAUUCUAUUUGUGAUCUUACCAACCUACAAAGUACCCCCCUGAUGUUUGAUGCCAGAUAAGAGUAAAACAUUUUCUCAGUUGUUUGCUUUUAAGCCAUCUAUAUUCCAAGGAGGAAACCCAGAAAAUGCAUAAGGCAAACUAGGAUAAAGGGAUGCAGGAACACUGUCACAGGUACUUAUGGGAGGUGAGUGUUUUACGUGCAGGUAGGUCUUGCACAGUGGAGGAACCAAAUUCAAAGUGCUCUGGAGGGCCUUCUGCUGUUGGUGUGAGGACAUUUGGCCACUGACCAGAACUUCCAAGGAGAUGACAAAGGAAGACUCACCAAAUAUUCUACUGCUAAAAUGAAUUUUGGGAUAGCUUUGUAAUAAGUGUGCUCAUAAUUCCAAAGGCCCAACCUGAGAAGAGCCCAGUGAAUGAUAUUUCAGGUGCCUUGGAUGUGAAUACUGAUGUCCAGAAACAGCUACAGAAACAUCCUUCUGACAUCAAGUUAAAUCUUGUGGGAAAGAAAGGUAGGGGUAAUAAAAGCAGCCUAUCUUGAUUGUUUUCUAACUCGUAUGGGGGGACACUUAGGACAGCAUUUGUAACAUUGAUAGUUUUAAAAUGCCUUGAAAUCUCCUGGUUAAAAAAAGAAAGCAAGAGACCUAGAUUCCUUUGUUGUUCCCUCUUUCCAUAGGCCUUUACUAUUUGCAGAAAGAAUUAUGAACACACUCAGGCUGAGACUGGCCUUUGUUUUGUACUUUUAUUAAAAUUGAAAGCACAGUAGAAAGGAGGGUCUUUUCUUCUCCCACCAGCAAGAGAGUUUGUGUCCUGACAUUGUAUAAGGGACUGUAGAUUCCAUUCAUAUUGCAUCGGUGGUGCGGGUUGUUAAAGCCUGCUGGGGUCUCAGGAUGAUGGUUCUUGAGGGUUGCACCUUUCUGUACAUGCCCAGCUGGGAAUUCUGGGUCCUUUUGACAGCCAGGUGGCUCAAUGCAAUGCAAAACUGCUGCAAAUCCCAGUGCCUAAACACUGAGGGGCAAUGCACUUCUGUGUACCUUUUUUUAUAACGAGCCUUGUUCAUGAUUUGUGCUUUUGAUUUUAAUAAAUAUUUCUACUUC